CGUUGGUUCGGUUGGUGCUUCUUCGAUCCCGAUUCUUUUUUUCUAAAUGUCGUUUCUUAUCGUUCAGAUAUAAAUAGUUUUAUUGAACACUGUCAGUCGUACUUAGUAAAUGCUUCGAGAUGGAGGACGAUAGGGGAUUGUUCAGUGGCACAAAGACCCAAUUAGUUGCUGCAACUUUUGGUACUUUAUUCGCAAUAUCCGAUGGAAUGUCGUACGGCUGGACCGCUCCGAUGGUGCCCUACCUCAUCAGCGAGAAGAGCCACAUCCAAACCACCAAAUUCGAGGCCGAAUGGCUGGAGUCCUGCCUGAUGAUCGGCUCCUUCCUCGGCUUGCCCUUCACCAUCUACCUAGUCGACAAGAUCGGCAGGAAGCGCUCGCUCCUGCUGGCCGCCGUGCUCUCGCUCAUAUCCUGGAUAGUGGUCGCCAGCUGCAACAGCAUGGUGUGGCUGUUCGUGGCGCGCUUCUCCUUCGGCGUCACCGCCAACACCUCCUUCGUCGCGGCGCCGAUUUACGUCGCCGAAAUCGCCGAUCACAAGAUCAGGGGGUUCCUCUCCAGCGUCAUCUACAUCAACAUGCUGCUGGGGUUGAUCAUCGUCUACAGCGUGGGCCCCUACCUGCCCUUCUACGUGUCCCCCCUAGUGGGAAUCGCGGUGCUCAGCUGCGAGCUGAUCGUGUUCCCGUUCAUGCCUGAAACCCCUUACUAUUUGCUGUGCAAAGGCAAGUACGAGGAAGCCAAAAGGUCCUUGAAGUACUUCAGGCCGAACAAAGACAUCACCGACGAGCUCAAAGAUAUCGCCAAGGCGGUAGCUAGGCAAAAGACUGAAACCAGCAGGUUCAGGGAUUUGUUCCUGAUUAAAGGUAACCGUAAGGCCAUACUGAUAAUGGCGAUUUUGGACGCGGGGCAGCAUCUCUGCGCUCUGAGCGUUAUUCUCAUGAACCUGCACGGCAUCCUCGACGCGGCGGGUUCCAUCUACAUGGAUUCCUCCAAGGCGGCCAUCGUGUUCGCUGUCAUCAUGUUCUGCGCGGCUUAUUUAUCGAGCUUGGUGGUGGAUCAGUUCGGCAGGAGGGCCCUUCUUAUCGUAUCGUUGUUGACUACAGGCAUUUGCUUGGGCACCAUCGCCAUCUACUUCAAUCUGAAGCUGAAUGGUUACGACAUACAGAGCGUCAGCUGGAUACCCAUAGUAGCCGUGAUGUUCUACGCGGCUUGCUUUAAAAUCGGAAUCGGCAUCGUUCCCAUUGUUCUUACUGCGGAGAUAUUCUCGACGAACAUGAAGGCUUUGGGUAUGGCUACCUCCGAUCUCAUGUACGUGCUGGGCUCGAUCAUCAGUCUGCAGAUAUACCAGUGGUUGGCUUAUUCGUAUGGGUUGCAUUUGCCUUUCUACUUAUUCUCCCUGUCCAGUUUUGUUAUUGCGAUUUUCACGUAUUUGUACAUACCAGAGACUAAGGGUAAGACGCUUGAGGAGAUCCAGUAUUUGAUGAAGGGCGAGAUACCCAAGUCGAGCUCCUUGCUCAAUCUAAUCUCGAGCAAGUCUUAUAAUACGUUUUACGAGUCGUAAGGGACGUGCGUUAGGAGUUGUUUAAUUUAUUUAUGCUUUUAUAAUUUAUUUUUUUAUCAAAUUUGUGGUUGUGUUAUCCUUUAUUUACACAUAGAUUGUGUGACGGAAUGAAGAAUAAAACUGCUACUUUUGGUACGCGAGUCUGUAAAAACUUGUAGAUAAUUAUUAAAAUUGCAAUAGAAUAAUUUUUUUAGUUUUUUAGGUACUUUUAAAAUGUUUUUAAGUAUAUAGGUAUAAAUAAUUAGGUCUUGUUUUCUUUUAGUUAUCAUUU